AUGGCCAGACUUGCCAUUGACUUGCCGUUUCUUCCGCAAUUCCGCAUACUUAAAGUGCAAAUACGCGAUUAUGCUGCGCACCCUGGGCAUAUUUCCGUGCCCGGAGAUGAAGCAGAUUUGAGUGGUUGGAUGUACUGCGGUCUGUUGGUCCCUGGAAAAAUGUCGGAUUGUAAAGACCGUCUUCGGUGACCGCAAUACUGCACAAUCCAGGUCUUUCUUUUUUCAUGUUUCUGCGGGAAGGCAAGCACGCAUUAGAAAGAAGGCAUUGACACAUUAUUCUUUAUCUAGAAGUGGAUUCUUCGACGAACGUGAAAUGCUAUCAUUCUCAGAUAUUCGACUCGACCUUCCUCUACCGCAGAUAUCAGCAAACGUGUCAAAGUAUUCCAAAAGCAGCAUAAGGCUUCUUCCACCAGGAAGACGUCUGACUCCCGUACAUAGUUCUCAUAAUGACAAGCAGUACCCCGAUGGCAAAGGGGAGAAGUGGAAGAAGUUUUACUUGGGGUCUUCUCUCGUGUCCUCGUCCCUUCUCUUAGCCCCUAUAGUCGGAAGGAUGAAUUUCAAAAUCGCGCCCCGGCGGACUUUCUGAAGUACGUACUUCUGGAUCAUUUGUUAUACAAAAGGGGAACUUUCAGCAUCUCUUCUGACCUUCUUGCGGAUAUCUCGGAAUCACCCUCUCCUCUCGCAAUCUAUAAUGAAGAAGCUUCUUAUCCACUUCCGCACAUCCCCACAAUUGUGAAUGCGAAAAGGCAACGGAGUACUAGUGGAGAAGAAGCUGCCAAGCAGACACCUGUACUCCGAGCAUACACCCAACACCCAACACCCAACACCCAACACCCAAAGCCCCUAAACAUCAAAGUUCUGCCUCUUCCAUUGUUUUGUGCUUCACUUCUUAUACCAUAG